GCAGCCAGCAGCAGCCAACAAGUCAGCCAUUGUGCCAGCUUUCAGUUCCAGUGCAAUCCUUCAAUCGAUCCCGAUCUCUUUUCAAACCAACAACAUGAAGAUGUUCAUCGCCUCCAUUCUGGGACUGCUGGUGAUCGCCUCAGUCACCGUCAUCGGUUCUGCUGAGCACCAUCAUCCCGCACCGGCCUACGAGCAUCAAUCUCCACCGAUCCCGAUCGUCCACAGCGAAUCGUACAGCAGCCACGAUGGAAGCUACAAGUUUGCGUACGAGUCCGGCAAUGGCAUCGCGGCACAGGAGGAAGGAUUCGUGAAGAACGCUGGUAACAAGGAUCACGAGGUGCAGGUCGCUCACGGAUCGUACUCUUACACCGAUCCUCAUGGUGUGCCCGUGUCGAUCAGCUACGUUGCCGAUGAGAACGGAUUCCAGGCCAAGGGAUCGCACAUCCCAACCCCACCGCCAGUGCCGCAGGAGCUGAUCGAUGCUUACGCCAAGGCCGCCAGCCAGCCGCAGCAUCAUGAUGCGGAGCCUGAGUAUGCUCAGCCGCCUCAACAUGGUUACAGCGCGUACUAGAGGGCU